AUGUCGUAUACGACGCUGAAAACUGUUAUACCGGAUUCGACGGAAUUGGUGUUUGUUUCAGACAUAAAUCCAAGUCUGAUAAAAGCUGUUGCUGAAGUGUAUCCGAUGUCUAAACAUGGGUAUUGUAUCUGGCAUAUAUCACACAAUGUGAAAGGUCAUGUCAAUCAUGGCAGGGACGAGGUUGCACUACUAUUCCGAAAGGUUGCAUGUCUUUAUUCAGAGCCUGAGUUUAAAAAGCAGUAUGACGAUUUUAGGGAGAGGUAUCCAUCGUGUGCUAGGUAUCUUGAUAAAAGUGUCGAAGUCGAACGGUGGGCGAAGUGUCAUUUCCCCGGUGCUAGGUACAACAUAGACACCUCUAAUUGUGCGGAGUCUUUGAAUGCGGUAUUUGAAAAGGCGCAAAGGAUGUCUUUAUUGCCUAUGAUUGAUACAGUUAUUGAGAAAAUGUCUGAGUGGUUCAACAGACAUAGGAAGGAUGCAGCAGAAGGACCGUCAUCUCGAAAAUUGGUUCCUUUGGUGGAGAACAAAUUGCAUAACAAAACACCGAAAGACGGGAAGACUUAUUCCGUGGAUUUGCAACAUAAAACGUGCAGUUGCAGGAAGUUUGAUAUAGAUAAAUACCCAUGUAGACAUGCAAUAGGCGCUAUCAUUAAGUGUUUGAAGCAUGAUAGACCAUUACAGUUGAGUGACAUGUACGAUUUCAUUUCGAAAUAUUACUUCAUUACACUGUGGGCCAAAGCGUAUCGAAGGACUAUAUAUCCACUCCCUCAUAUAACUCAUUGGAUGGUUCCAAAAGAAGUCGCGGCGGCGAAGUGUCCUCUACCUCCAGACUACAAGAAAAGAAAGGGAAGACAUCAGGAAAAAAGGCAUCCUUCGGCGGGAGAAAGUUGGCCCCGUCCCCGUCCUAAUAAGUAUAUCCCGAAUAGGGGUCUGGCUAGCUAUUUCAACUGCUCGCAGGGAACUGAAGGAACUGAAGGAACUGAAGGAGCUGAAGGAACUGAAGGAGCUGAAGGAACUGAAGGAACUGAAGGAGCUGAAGGAGCUGAAGGAACUGAAGGAACAGAAGGAACUGAAGGACCUGAAGGGACUCAAGGAACACAAAGCACUCAAGGAACUGAAGGACCUGAAGGAACAGAAGGAACUGAAGUGUUAUAUGAAUGUGAACCUUAG